AUGGCUUCACCAAAUGGUGUCAGUAUGGAAGAAAUACCACUGGAAGACGAUGAGCGAGAUAACAUAGAAUACAAGAUCCUAAUGGCCUACGCCCAGAAGCGGUUGUCUGUCAGCAAGUACAGGAAACUUCUGAAAAAUGAGGCUAAUGUGCAGAAAUCACCAUCCUUCAUUAGGACAAAAGUGAAAACUGACUAUCCAAGGGAUAAAAAUGGACCAAUCGAAAAGGCAGCUUAUCAGAGUGGUGUGGUGGAACAGCACAGCAAAAAGCGAUCAAAAAGAAAAUACUUGCCAGGAUAUUGUUUAUCAUUUUUCUGCAGCAGAGCGGAGCAGGAAAAGCCCCCAAUGCCACCAUUGCAUCAAGAAGGUGGGGCAAGUUCGUUUGUUCCUGAGGAACAAUCUGAGAUAUUUCAAGAAGGGAAUUCUCAGCAUCAGGAAAGUGAAACAGCACAUGUCAACCGCAUUGCAGACAAACUCGCCAAGCUUGUUACUUCCAGAUCCCAGGAACCUCCUUCAGAUGUGUCAUUCAAGAUAAUGCUUCAGAGUCCAUCUCAAGACGAUAGCGAACUUACCAAUGGAAGUGAGGGCAAGGAACACGAUGAAGAAAAGAUAAUACAAACAAUAGUUUCACUGCUAAGACAAUCAGGGGACCAACUAGAAGGAAAAAUCAAGAAGGACAGGGUUUUCUAUCAGCAUUUUAAAGACAUGCUGUCUUACACCUUCUUCAAGAGAAUCACUGAUUUGUUCCUGGAAGCUGUCUCAGCAGGUGCACCAAGUGAGCCAGGGGGCAAAGUACAAUACACGAAACUUGCUUUUGCAAUGGAAGUUGCUACCAGACUUACUGCUGUGGACAAUCACCCUAUGAAUUUGGUCUUGGGCUUCGGAUUAAAGUACCUCAGAGAACACUUCAAGCCAUGGAUUCAGGACCAGGGUGGCUGGGAGAAGGCCUUGACUUCACUGGAUCAGGAAGAAGUAGAGUAAUCAUGACUGAAAUCAUUCUUCAUGAGACUUCAAUUAAGGAACGCACAAGAUCUUACCAUAACCUGAUCCCAGAAUGAUUAGUGACUAUGU